GAGAAAGAAGAGAGGGAGAAGGAGAACAUGGCGGCGGCGGCGGCGGCGGCGGCGAUUGGGAAGGGGAAGGGGAAGGAGAGGGUGUGCGUGACGGGGGCGGGAGGGUUCGCGGCGUCGUGGGUGGUGAAGCUGCUCCUCAACAAUGGCUACAUCGUUCACGGAACUGUCAGAGACCCAAGUGAUGAAUCAAAGAAUGCCCAUUUGAAGAAAUUGGAGAACGCUUCGGAAAAGUUGCAACUCUUUAAAGCAGACUUGCUUGAUUAUAACAGUGUCGCAUCGGCUAUUGCGGGCUGCGAAGGUGUCUUCCACGUUGCUAGCCCUGUUCCUCCAUCCAAAGUUCCCAAUCCGGAGGAAGAAGUACUGAAGCCUGCUGUGAAUGGCACUCUAAAUGUGUUGAAAGCGUGUGCUCAGGCAAAAGUUAGGCGAGUUGUUGUCGUAUCAUCUUGUGCGGCUGUCGGAGUGAUCCCAAAUUUGCCGAAGGGUAAGAUCUUGGACGAGAAUUACUGGUCAGACAAGGACUACUGCAGAAAAACUGAGAACUGGUAUUGCCUUUCAAAGACGCUCGCAGAGAGUGAGGCGUUGGAUUAUGCAGAGAAAAAUGGGCUUGACGUUGUAACUGUUUGCCCGUCUUUGAUUAUUGGACCCUUGCUGCAAUCCACUGUAAAUGCUAGCAGUUUGGUUCUUCUCAAUCUUCUGAAAGGAGCGCGUGAGACGAUAGAGAAUAAAAUCCGUCACAUUGUGGAUGUUAGAGACGUCGCCAGUGCUCUGCUUCUGGUGUAUGAGAAGCCUGAGGCGUCGGGACGGUACAUAUGCGCCCCACACAAUAUCAAAAUAAGUGAUCUGAUUGACAUGCUAAAUAGGAUGUAUCCCAACUACAACUACCCAAAGAACAUUGUCGAAGUAGAUUACGAUGAAGCGACGUAUAGUUCCGAGAAAUUGCAGAAGCUGGGCUGGAAGUUCAGGCUACUGGAGGAGAGCCUCAGGGACAGUGUUGAGUACUAUAAAGCUGCAGGUCUUCUGGAAUAGAAGGAUUACAAGAUCUCUACUCUGACUCAUCUCUCAGUGAGUUAAGAUCCAUACUCAGGAGUUUCUCUUAUUAAAGCUUAUCAAAUUAUGUGCACUUUUGUAUGUGAUAAAAUAAUGCUUUCAAUUUGUUGUCAAACUAGUUAAAUACUUCAAUUGUUGGUUGCUCUUUAGCUUUGCUACCA